GCAUUGUUUCCGCCGGGCCGCUUCUCGGCUUCAACUGUCAAACAUCUCUUCUUCGCCAAUCGGUGUCUCUACUCUCGUUUCGCGCUCAAAAGGCAGCGCCCCUUCCAUCUCGGCCGUCGCAGCUCCCCGUUUUGCUUAUCCAUCAGCCAUUCAAACACGAUGGAACUCAACAGAUGGUCCCCAAAACGACCCUAAAGACGGCCCCAAUAUUCAGUUUGUCGAGUCUGUCAGCCCUGAAGGGCAACGGCCCUUGCGCCGCGGGCGAUACGAGCGCCGCGACUACGUCCGUGACGGGCCUCUCCCGAAGACCACCUUGUAUGUUGGAAACCUGUUCUUCGAUGUGACAGCCGAAGAUCUGCGCAAGCAGUUUGAGCAGUUCGGUGUUGUGGAGAGCGCGUUGAUCGUGCAUGAUACACGAGGAUUGAGCAAAGGCUUUGGUUACGUCACAUACAGUACCAUCGAUGAAGCCACCCACGCUAUCACUCAGCAGAAUGGUGGUAUCUUUGAAGGUCGCGAGGUCGUCGUAAAUUACGCCAACACUACCCACAAGACCACCCGCCACGAGGUCAAGCCCACUAAGACGCUUUACGUUGGAAAUAUUCCCUACGAGUUGACGGAUGUGGAUCUCCAGGAGAUUUUCGAGGACGUCCAAGGUGUGACGGAUGUUCGCAUCCCCGUGGACCGCCGUACCGGUCUGCCUCGUGGAUUCGGACACGUAGACUUUGUUGAUCAGCCUACCGCGUCUGCCGCUCAGGAGAUCCUGAGUCGCAAAGCGCCUUAUGGCCGGAAACUUAUUGUCAACUUCGCCAAGAGAAAGAUCUUGAGCCCCGAAGACCAUGCUCGCCACCAAGAGAAGAAGCUCGAGAAGAGGGACAGCGAGUUGGAAAAACAGGCCGGUGAGGAAGCCCACUCACCGGUGGCUGCUGAGCCUCUUUUGAAUAGAAUAUGUAUUUCUAAUGCAUCACGUGACUACCGGAGAACAUCGACCUCGGCUGGCGGAAAGGGCAAUGCAAUCCGACCCCACGUCAGAGAUACCCCGGGGAAAUACACCUUUGCACCUCCUCUUCUAACCCCAUUUGCUUUUUACCUUCAGAUUUACCAACGCGUUUGCACUAUGUCGUUCCUUGGCGGUGCAGAAUGUUCCACGGCGGGAAACCCCCUCACUCAAUUCACGAAGCAUGUCCAGGAUGACAAGUCACUACAGCGCGACCGGCUUGUCGGCCAUGGGCCUGGCAUGCAAGAAGGCAUGCGGUCCAGAAAUAUGAUGCCCGGGCAAGACCAGAUGAUGGACGAUUUCAUGCAACAACCAGGCCAGCAAUUGAACGGACCUUCACCACAGCCGUUCGCUAUGGAACACAUGCGUCGUGAGUUGGAUAACUUCCAGACGGCACCUGCCCGCACGGGAUCACCCGGGUGGGCGGCGGAGUUCGACACCGGCGAACAGGCACGCAUGGAAGCUGCUUUCCCCGGGCAAAUGAAUAACGGCUCCGGUUUCAACCCGGCUGAGUUUGCUCGGUUUCAGCAACAGAACCGCAUGGGUAUGCCACAGACAUCUAGCCCCCAGACAGCAGCUUCGCCGAUGAUGUCGAACUACCAACGGCCCAUGGGUAUGGGUGGCGGGUAUAUGGGUGGAAUGGGUGGAAUGGGAAUGAUGAGGCCCAUGAUGGGUGGACAAAUGGGCAUGCAGCAGCCGAUGGGGGAACAGACACAAGACAAAGGCAAGGAACGAAUGGUUGAGCUCGACGACGAGAACUGGGAGGCGCAGUUUGCACAGAUGGACACUGCGCACGUAGACGAGGCCCAGACGGACGAUGCGGCCAAUGCGGCUAUGGAGGCGGAAUUGAAUGAUUUGGACAGGUCAGUGCCCACCGACGCCUUUGAAUCUGUUUGGCAACGGGUCCAGGCUGAGACCACGAGCAGGAAAAUCGCCGAGGAGGAUAACUUCGAGGUCACCGAUAGCGUACAUGUCGGGGAUCUAGGUGACUGGGAGGGCUUUGACACCCUGAACUCCCGGUUCCGCGAUCCCCAACUUGGCGAUUAUAUGUUUGAGGAGGAUAACGUCUACUCGGCCGUCGGGAAUCCAUUCGAGGAGGGAAUGAAGAUCAUGCGCGAGGGUGGUAAUCUGUCCCUUGCUGCGCUGGCCUUCGAAGCUGCCGUGCAAAAAGACCCACAGCAUGUGCACGCUUGGACGAUGCUGGGCUCUGCGCAGGCGCAGAACGAAAAAGAGCUGCCGGCUAUCCGUGCUUUGGAGCAGGCUCUGAAGGUUGAGCCCGGGAAUCUUGAUGCUUUGAUGGGUCUCGCUGUUUCAUACACAAAUGAGGGCUACGACUCUACUGCCUACCGCACACUGGAACGCUGGCUUUCAAACAAGUACCCGACCAUUAUUGACCCUAAGGAGGUUUCCGGUGACGCAGACCUCGGCUUCACAGACAGACAACUCCUGCAUGACCGCGUGACAGAGCUUUUCAUCCAAGCUGCCCAACUCUCUCCCUCUGGUGCUCAGAUGGAUCCAGAUGUGCAGGUUGGUCUAGGUGUAUUGUUCUACUGUGCUGAAGAAUACGAAAAGGCUGUCGAUUGCUUCUCCGCAGCCCUGGCCUCCACAGAGUCCGGCAGCACAAACCAGCAAGAGCAACUCCACCUUCUUUGGAACCGUCUCGGAGCUACACUAGCCAACUCCGGUCGCUCAGAGGAGGCAAUUGAAGCCUACGAGCAGGCUCUCAAUAUCAACCCCAAUUUCGUCCGUGCCCGUUACAAUCUUGGUGUCUCGUGCAUCAAUAUCGGCUGCUAUCCCGAAGCUGCACAGCACCUCCUUGGCGCCCUGUCGAUGCACCGUGUUGUGGAGCAAGAGGGUCGCGAGCGUGCCCGUGAGAUCAUCAACGACGGUGUCCACCCCGAUGGUCUUGACGAUGAACGUCUGGAGCGCAUGCUGCACAUCAGUCAGAACCAGAGCACUAAUCUUUAUGAUACGCUGCGUCGCGUUUUCAGUCAAAUGGGUCGACGGGACUUGGCGGACCAAGUGGUUGCCGGCAUGGAUGUGAAUAUCUUCCGCAAGGAGUUUGAAUUCUAG